CUUUCCGACUACUUGUGAACAACUUUGUAGACAGGCUAUUAAUUACUUACGGUGCUACUUAAGUUAGCCUGUUCCUUUUUCGUCAAUAUUGAAAGCUUAAGUUACCAUCUUAGUGACUACCUCCACGUCUGGCCUUUAUUUGGCCCUACAAAAUCAUAAAUACUUCCACAUGAAGUGCUAACUCAAAUGUCUAUCUUCUGGGAAAUCCCGAAUGCCCAAGGGGAGGCGCCAUGCCCCCGCUCGGGUCAUUCAUUCACAGCGGUGGGCGAGCGCUUCUUGCUGUUCGGAGGAUGCGGUCGCAAGGAUGGCAAAGCUGCGGCUUUCAAUGACCUAUACGAGCUGGAUACCAGCGACCCCGACGAGUACAAGUGGAAGGAGCUGACUGCAACCAACAGCCCCCCUCCCCGUGCACGCCAUGCAGCUAUCGCGAUUGAUGACAAGCGUCUACUGGUCUUUGGUGGCCUCAACAAGCGCACACGCUAUAACGAUGUCUGGGUCUUCAACUAUGAGGACAAGGCCUGGUCAGCGGUGGCGGUGGUUGGCAACCCGCCUGAGCCGCGUGCGCAUUUCACAGCCACGCGCUUCGGCAACCGCGUCUUCAUCUUUGGCGGAUACGGCGGCAGCGGCCAGGUGUUCAAUGAGAUGUGGGUUCUCCACCUGGGCGAGGACGGCUUUCGCUGGGAGAACAUCACCGAGGCCUUGGCUGGCACCGGUCCCAGCGCUCGUUUCGACCAUUCCGCCUUCAUCUACCCAGUUACGCCCAACUCAGCAACGUACGACAAGCUCCUCAUCAUGGGCGGUCGUGACCUUAACCAGAUGUACCAGGACAGCCACAUGCUGGAUCUGAACCGCAUGGCAUGGGAGAACGACACGCAGCCGCCCACCCUGCCAUACGAAAUCUGCAACAACGUCUGCGAUGGCAUCGAGAGCGUGCCGUAUCACAAGGUCUUCAGCUUUGGCGGGCGCAAGGGCAUGAUGCAGUACCUUAACACCGUUGAGGUUAUGGACUGCGGCAGCCAGAUGUGGUCGACGCCGCCUGUGGACCACGGCGUGCCGCCUGUGGGCCGGGAGGAUACUGCAUGGGUGUUUGACGUCAAAACGUGCUCGCUGCUAAUCUUCGGUGGAUGGGCCAACCGCUGGCUGGGCGACCUGCAUAAGCUGAACGUCUCGCCCAUCAUCGGCCCGCCGUACGCCUGCACGGGCAUUCAGCCGGAGAUGGGCCCUGUGUUCGGUUCGACGGACCUUACGAUCCGGGGCUUGCGCUUCCGUGACGGCAAGGUGCAGGUUAAGUUCGGGCUGAACGAGAAGAAUGAGGUGAUUGUCGACGGCACGUACGUGGACCCUGAGACCAUUCGGGUGCAGACACCCAACUACGAGCAGUACGGCGCGCUCACGGUUGACGUCAAGGUGUCUAUUAAUGGCGAGGGCUGGACUGUUAAUAAGGUUAAGUUCGCCUACUUUGCCAACACGGCCGCCCGCAACUGCAUUGCUUACGGGCCUGGCCUGCUGGCGGAGACCUUCUCCAGCGUGGAGGUGCCGUUCGUUAUCCAGGCGAAGGACACCCUCAACGACAAGCGGACCAGCGGCGGCGACAUCUUCAAGGUCUUGGUGGUCUCAGCCGAUGGCAAGUACGAGGGCGUUUCACGUGUGCGUGACCUCAACAACGGCCAGUACGAAGUCCACUACUUUGCGCCCACGCCCGGGCCCUACCUCAUCCAUGUCUCCUUCAACGAGCUCGGCACGGCGGACUUUGUGCCCAUCCGCGGUUCGCCUUUCAAUGUUCGCCUCGUGGAUCCCUGGACCAAGCACCGUGUUAUGGGUGCUACGCCCGCCAAGCGCAAGGGCGUCACCUUCUCAACCCUGGGCAACGAGCUGCUGCUGUACGGCGGCGACAAGUCCGGUGUGGCGGUCCUCAACACGGAGGGCGCUGAGUGGCGCUGGGCGCCUGCGGCGGUGUCGGGUACCCUGCCGCCAGACCGCCUGUUGCACUCGACCGUUGUGCUAAGCGACGGCGAGCUCGUCGUGUUUGGCGGCCUUGGCCUUGCCGACCAGAACGACCUGAACGACAUUUUCUAUCUGCGGAAGCAGGGCGAGGGCUGGGUGUGGAGCACGCCCGCGGAGAGCAAGCCGUACAUCAGGCAUCCCAUUUGCACCAACCCCACGGAGGAUGGCGAUGCCGAAGAGGCUGCCAACGGGGAUGAGGCUGCUGCCGGCGGUGAGCCAGCUAAAGAGGGCGGUGAGGCUGCUGCAGUGGGCGAUGCUGCAGCUGCUGCUGGCGGCGAGGCGGGAGAGCGCCCUGCCAGCACGGAACCUGGUGCCACCCCAGCAGCGGGUGCUCCCUCGGAGCACGCAGCGGAGCUGCCAGUGUCAGCCCGCAACAACCAUGUGGCCGUGGCGAUAGACAAGGACCUGUACGUCAUGAUGGGCGACCAUGACGGCGACGUCAUGACUGAGAUGGCCAUGGUUGAUACCUCGGACCGUGCCUGCGCGAACUGGCUGGAGCCAAUCCUGAAGGGCGACAUUCCCGCGCCGCGCAAGGCGGCGGCGGCCAGCGCCUCUGGUAACCGCAUUGUCCUCUUUGGUGGGCAGCUGCUUAACGACGAGGCGGAGAACGUGGUCACCGGCGAGCUGAUCAUCAUGGAGGUCACCGGCCCCAACAGCAUCCACUGCACCAUUAACCCGCCCACUUCAGGCUCGCAUGGCACGCCCGUGGCCCGCUACGGCGCGAUCAUGCAGGACUUUUCGCAUGGCAAGCUCUUCCUCCAUGGCGGCAUGGACGUCGACGGCAAGCCGCUGAACGACGGUUGGCUGUUUGACGUUGCGUCGUACACCUGGGAGCGCGUGUACCUGGGCGCCUCAGAGUCCGUCCUGCCGAGCGGCAGCGUUGCGACGCUGUGGCACAACAGGAUCGUGGUGCUGUCAGCAGCAAUGGGUUCGCCCAAGUUUGACCUUGUGUACUCCCUGGACUUCAUGGAUGUGCGUGAGGGCAUGGCUUUCACGCCCAAGAUGCGCAUUGCCACGGAGCUGUUGCUGAAGAGUCUGGAGGAGUGGGUCGACGCGCAGGCGCAUGGCAUGGAGCUGGCGCGCAGCCCUGAGAAGCUGAUGAAGGACUUUGAGAACGGGCUUCGCAAGGUGAUGGACGCGCUGUACCAGAUCAAGAGUCAGCGCUCCUCUACGGACUUGCUGAUCGAUCAGCUGCAUGAGGCGUUCUUGCAGCUGGCAAAGGACAAGGUGCCGGGUGUGAACAAGAUGGAGAAGCGUCUGGAGGAUGCCGCGCACAAGUGGGACGAUAUCAAGAAGGCGCAGCCACAGGUCAAGACGGAUGUGGAGCCGAUCCAGGCCCAGAAGGGUGAGGACAUUAAGAAGGAGAUCGAGGUCUUUGCUGGCAAGGUGCGCAACUACCGCGCUGGCUUCAGGCGGAAGGCCUUCUUCACCUACAGCACCGGCUUUGACGGCGCCUACCCUGAGCUGGACAUCGCGGCCCGGGAGCUGGCCGACCUGACGAAGGAGUGCGACCGGCUGGUGGAGCUGGCGAGCGUCUUUGAGUUCCCGCAAAUUGUUGAGCCGGUGAAGAUGGCUAUUAAGGAGACCGUUGACGACCUCAUCAUGGUCAAGGACGUGUGGGACACCGCCGUCCUUUGCGAGCUGCAGUUCCAGGACUGGCGCCAAACCCUGUGGAGUGACAUUCGUACGGACAUUAUGGAGGAGGGCGCUAAGCAGUUCGUCAAGGAGGUCAAGAGCCUGCACAAGAACGUCCGCGACCAGGAUGUGUUCCGCGGCGUGGACCAGGCCGUCAAAAACUUCCUGGUCUCGGUGCCGCUGGUUGCAGACCUGCGCAGCCCCGCCAUGCGCGACCGUCACUGGGAGCAGCUCAUGUCGGCCACCAAGGUGACGUUCAACGUGAAGGACCCCGCCUUCAAACUGAACGACUUGCUUGCAUUGGAGCUGCACAAGUUCGAGGAGGAGGUCGGUGAAAUCGUGGACCGCGCUCAGAAGGAGGAGAAGAUGGAGAUUUCGCUCAAGAAGCUGUGCGACACGUGGGCCCGUGUGGAGUUCCAAUUCGCCCAGCACAAGGACUAUCCCGUCUACACCAUCAAGAUGGCGGAGGAGGACUUUGAGGCUCUGGAGGAUAACCAGGUGCAGGUGCAGGGCAUGAUUGCCAACCGCUACAUGGCGACCUUCAAGGACGAGAUUCUGGGCUGGCAGAAGAAGCUGAACGACGUUGCGGACGUUAACCAGAUCAUGGCUGAAAUCCAGCGCACCUGGGCCUACCUGGAGUCACUGUUCAUUCACAGCGAGGAGGUGAAGAAGGAGUUGCCGGAGGCUACCGUGCGCUUUGCCAACAUUGACAAGGAAGUCAAGAAGGUCCUGGCGGAGUUUAAGGAGAUCAAGAACUGCGUGGCGUGCUGCCACCGGGACGGGCUCUAUGCCAAUUUGGAGACGCAGGAGCGCGAGUUGGAAAUCUGCAAGAAGGCGCUGAAUGACUACAUGGAGUCCAAGCGCCGCGCCUUCCCGCGCUUCUACUUCGUUUCCGCCGCCGACCUGCUGGAUAUCCUGUCCAACGGCAACAACCCCGUGCGCGUGCAGAUGCACAUGAACAAGUGCUUCCAGGCUAUCGACAAGCUCCGCCUGGAUUCGGAGGAGGUGGUGCCAGGCACCCGUCCCAAGGGUUUGGGCAUGGAGUCCUGCGUGGGUAUCGAAUACGUGCCGUUCUCGUCGCCGCUGCCGCUGGAGAACAAGGUGGAGGAGUACAUGAACGAUAUCAUCGUCAAGAUGCGCAACGAGCUGCGCAUGGUGCUGAAGGCCUCGGUGGAGGACUACCCCAGCAAGCCCCGCGACAAGUGGCUGUUUGACUGGCCGUCGCAGAUCAUUCUGGUGGUCAACCAGAUCUUCUGGUGCAUGGAGGUGGAGCAGGCCUUUGUUGACAUGGCGAAAGGCAACAAGGACGCCAUGACGGUAUACAACGAGUUCCAGGUUAAGCAGCUCACAAAGCUGAUUGAGGUGACGCGCACGGACCUGUCCAAGCCCGACCGCCAGAAGAUCAUGAACAUGAUCACCAUCGAUGCCCACUCCCGUGAUAUGGUGCUGGCUGUGAUUGAAGCCAACGCGGACCAGCCGGACUGCUUCCAGUGGGUCAGCCAGCUGCGCUCCUACUGGGAUAAGGACAUCAUGGACUGCCGCAUUCGCAUCUGCGAUGCCUCGUUCCCGUACGGCUACGAGUACCUGGGCAACGGCCCGCGCCUGGUCAUCACGCCCCUCACCGACCGCAUCUAUAUCACGGCCACGCAGGCAUGCUGGCUGUCGCUGGGCACUGCCCCCGCUGGCCCUGCUGGAACCGGCAAGACGGAGACCACGAAGGAUCUGUCCGCGCAGCUGGGCAAGUCCGUGUACGUCUUCAACUGCUCGCCCGAGAUGGACUACCGCACCAUGGGCGACAUCUUCAAGGGCCUGGCUGCUUCCGGCUCUUGGGGCUGCUUCGACGAGUUCAACCGCCUGGUUCCGGAGGUGCUGUCCGUGUGCUCUGUGCAGUACAAGUGCGUCACGGACAGCCAGAAGCGCAAGACCAUGCUGCCCGGCCGCGGUCUGGAGUACAUCAAGGACGGCGUGAAGCACCCGGCCAUUGAGAAGUGGACGUUCGUGGCGGCGGAUGGUGUGGAGAUGCCGCUGGAGGAGGGCACGUCGGCGUUCAUUACCAUGAACCCCGGCUACAUUGGCCGUGCUGAGCUGCCUGAGUCGCUGAAGGCGCUCUUCCGCCCCAUCACCGUGAUGGUGCCCGACCGGCAGCUGAUUAUGGAGAACAUGCUCAUGGCGGAGGGUUUCGUGGAGGCUAAGAUGCUGGCCAAGAAGUUCGCCUCGCUGUACUUCCUGCUGGAGGACCUGCUCAGCCCGCAGAAGCACUACGACUGGGGCCUGCGCGCCAUCAAGUCGGUGCUGGUGGUGGCCGGCUCGCUGCUGCGUGCCGAGGCGGGUCAGGUGGAGGCGGACGUGCUGUUCCGUGCCCUGCGCGACUUCAACAUCCCCAAGAUUCUGGCGCAGGACAUGGUCAUCUUCACGGGUCUGCUGAACGACCUUUUCCCUGGCAUCAACCCGCCACGCAAGCGCGACUUGGAGUUCGAGGAGGUCAUCGUGUCCACCAUUAAGGAGAUGGGCCUGACCGCGGAGGAGGACUUCGUGCUGCGUGUCGUACAGUUCUCGGAGCUGCUGGCGAUUCGCCACUGCGUCUUCCUCAUGGGGCCCACGGGCACGGGCCGCACCGAAUGCUACCGUGUGCUGGCUAAGGCCAUUACCAAGGGCUGCAACAACCCCGUGAACGACUACCUGAAGAUGACCAACAAGAAGAAGGUAGUCAUUCGUGACAUCAACCCCAAGUCCAUCUCCACCUACGAGCUGUACGGCCAAGUGAACCAGGCCACGCGCGAGUGGAAGGACGGCUUGCUGUCGUACUACAUGCGCGAGCUGGCCAACAUGCCCGGCGACGACCCCAAGUGGCUCAUGCUGGACGGCGACCUGGAUGCCAACUGGAUCGAGUCUAUGAACUCCGUCAUGGAUGACAACCGCCUGCUCACGCUGCCCUCCAACGAGCGCAUCCGCGUGCUGCCGCACAUGAAGCUGAUCUUUGAGAUUCGUGACCUGAAGUUCGCGACACCCGCCACCGCCACGCGUGCCGGCAUUCUGUACAUCUCGGAGGGCCAGCAGUGGCACAACAUGGCCAUGUCGUGGAUCAACAGGGUGGUCAAGCCGUACGCUGAGCGCGCCAAGUGGAAGGACCCCACGCUGCCGUGCACGUGGCUGCGGGACAUGUUUGAGAAGUACAUCCCGCCCACGCUGCUGGAGAUGAAGAAGAGCUACAGCCAUAUCACGCCGCUGGCGCAGAUGAACUUCAUAAGCACGCUGGUGAACAUCAUGGAGGGCGUGCUCAGACCCGAAAACCUCUCGAACAAGGCUGACCAAGCCAUGUUCGAAAUGUACUUCGUGUUUGCGAUGAUCUGGGCCUUUGGUGGAGGGCUGGUGGAGAAGGACGGCAUUCCGUACAGGCGCAACUUCGACAAGUGGUUCAAGCAAACAUGGACCACGGUCAAGAUCCCGGGCAAGGGCACGGUGUACGACUACUUCGUUAACCCCAAGACGCAGAAGUUCCAGCCAUGGGCUGAGCUGGUCACGGACAUUGACUAUGAUGGGUCGCAGCCGAUGUCCACCAUGUUCGUUCCCACGGCCGAGACCAGCAGCUUGCGCUUCUUCCUGGACAUGAUGGUGGACCUGCGCAAGCCUAUCAUGUUUGUGGGCGGCGCCGGUGUGGGCAAGACGCAGCUGGUCAAGGGCAAGCUCAGCAGCCUGAGCGAGGACUUCAUCUCCCUGUCCAUAAGCUUCAACUACUUCACCGACGUGGUGUCGUUCCAAAAGGUGCUGGAGAGCCCACUGGAGAAGAAGGCCGGUAUCAACUACGGCCCGCCUGGCACCAAGCAGCUCAUCUACUUCGUGGACGACCUCAACAUGCCCAAGCUGGACCUUUACGAGACGGCCAUGCCCAUCUCGCUGAUCCGCCAGCACCUGGGCUGGGGCCACUGGUUUGACCGCUCCAAGCUGACGCCCAAGAACAUCAACAACACGCAGUACGUGGCGUGCAUGAACCCCACCGCCGGCUCCUUCAUCAUCAACCCGCGCCUGCAGCGCUUGUUCAUGACGCUGGCGGUGGACUUCCCGGGCCAGGACUCGCUCAUGAAGAUUUACGGCACGUUCCUGCAGGGUCACCUGAAGAAGUUCCGCGAGGAGAUCCAGGACAUGGGCACCAAGAUCCUGCAGGCUGCACUGGCCCUGCACGACAAGGUGUCCCAGACCUUCCGCAAGACCGCCAUCAACUUCCACUACGAGUUCACGGUGCGCCACCUGGCCAACGUCUUCCAGGGCCUGCUCAUGUCCACGCCCGACGCCUUCAACUCGCCAUCCAAGUGGGGCAAGCUCUGGCUGCACGAGUCAGAGCGCGUGUACGCGGACCGCCUGGUGUCCCUGUACGACCUGGACGCCUACAACAAGGCCGCCACCACCAUCGCCAAGAAGUACUUUGCCGUCACGGACAUCGACGACUACUACAAGAAGAAGGACCCCAAGCCCCUCAUCUUCUGCCACUUUGCUCGUGGCCUGGCGGACAAGGCGUACGAUGAGGUGUCGGACUACACCUCUCUGUUCAAGACGCUGACUGAGGCGCUGAACGAGUACAACGAGACCAACGCCGCCAUGGACCUGGUGCUGUUCGAGGACGCCAUGAAGCACGUGUGCCGCAUCAGCCGCAUCGUGUCAAACCCCUCGGGCCACGCACUGCUGGUGGGUGUCGGCGGCUCCGGCAAGCAGUCGCUGGCGCGCUUGGCGGCGCACAUCUGCGGCUACAUCACCACCAUGAUUGUCAUCUCGGGCUCCUACUCGAUGAACAACUUCAAGGAGGACAUCCAGAAGAUGUACCGGCGCGCGGGUGUGAAGGGCGAGGGCGUCAUGUUCCUGUUCACCGACUCGCAAAUCAUUGACGAGCGUAUGCUGGUGUACAUCAACGACUUGCUGUCGUCGGGCGAGAUUCCGGACCUGUUCCCGCAAGAGGACAAGGACGACAUCGUCAACGCGCUGCGCUCUGAGACCAAGAGCCUUGGGCUGCUGGACACGGCUGAGAACUGCUGGAGCGUGUUCAUCCAGAAGGUCAAGACCAACCUGCACAUGGUGUUCACGGCGUCGCCAGUAGGCGAGAACUUCCGCGUGCGCUCGCAGCGUUUCCUGGCCACCGUCACGUCCACCGUGAUUGACUGGUUCCAGCCCUGGCCCGAGAGCUCCCUGUUCAGCGUGGCUAAGCGUUUCCUGGACGAGGUGGACCUGGGCGAGGAUGCAGUGCGCAACGCCGUGGUGGAGUUCAUGCCGUACAGCUUCCAGCUCGUGAACAAGGUGUCGAUCAAGUUCCGUGAGGUUGAGCGCCGCUACAACUACACGACGCCCAAGACGUUCCUGGAGCUCAUCAAGCUCUACAAGAACGUGCUGGCAGCCAAGCGCAAGAACAACCUGGACAACACGGAGCGCCUGGAGAACGGUCUGCAGAAGCUGCACAGGGUACAAGCGGAUGUGGAUGUGCUGGUGGAGGAGGCCAAGGUAAAGGCAGUGGAGGUGGAGCGCAAGGUGGCAUCCGCCAACAUCUUUGCGGAGCAGGUCGGCGUUGAGAAGGAGAAGGUCAACGCGGAGAACGCCGCAGCACAGGUCGAGGCGGAGAAGUGCGCGGUGAUCGCCAAGGAGGUGUCUGAGAAGCAGGCCAGUUGCGAGGCUGACCUGGCUGCCGCCGAGCCGCUGGUGGCUGAGGCCAUGGCUGCGCUGGAGACGGUGACGAAGAAGGAUCUGGGUGAGGCCAAGUCGCUGAAGAAGCCGCCCCCGGGUGUGGAUGACAUCACGGCGGUUGUGAUCUGCCUGCUCGACAACAACCCCAAGGAUAAGUCCUGGGCGGCGGCGCAGAAGAUGAUGAACAACGUGGAUAAGUUCUUGGAGCGCGUCAAGUCCUUCAAGGGGGUCAUUGACGCUGGGCAGGUUGCCCGCAAGACGGUGGAUGCCUGCCGGCCCUACCUGCAACUGGAGUACUUCAAUCGGGAGGCCAUCGGCAAGAAGUCCGCAGCCGCCGCCGGUCUGUGCGAGUGGGCCAUCAACAUUAUCAAGUACUACGAUGUGGUGCAGGAGGUGGAGCCCAAGCGCCAGGAGCUGGCGGCCGCGAACGCUAAGCUCGAGGAGGCCAACCAGACGCUGGUGGCCGUGCAGGAGAAGGUGGCGAUGCUGAACGCCAAGGUGCAGGAGCUGGAGCAGCAGUUCAAGGAGGCUAACGACGACAAGGAUGCCGCCAUCCGCGAGGCGCAGCGCUGCCAGCGCAAGCUGGAGCUGGCCAACCGCCUGAUUAACGCGCUGGCGUCUGAGGGCGAGCGCUGGGCGCUGACCGUGGAGCAGCUGCGCAAGAAUUACGAGGUGCUGACUGGCGAUAUGUUGCUCGCCGCCGCCUUCGUGUCGUACGCCGGUCCCUUCACCGCCAAGUUCCGUGCGUCCCUGAUUGACGACUGGAUCCUGUUCCUCCGCGAGCGUCAUAUGCCCAUGACGGAGGGCAUCAGCGACCCGCUGAAGGUGCUGGUUGAUGACGCGCUGGUUGCUGGCUGGAUCCGCGAGGGUCUGCCGUCCGACCCCACGUCAGUCCAGAACGGCACCAUCCUGACCAACUCGGAGCGCUGGAGCCUCAUGAUGGACCCGCAGCUGCAGGGCAUCCUGUGGAUCAAGGAGCGUGAGAGCAAGAACAACCUGCAGGUCACGCGCAUGGGCGCCCCCAACAUGCUCACCGUCAUGGAGCGCGCCAUCGAGGCGGGCCACAGCGUGCUGGUGGAGAACAUGGGCGAGACCAUUGAUGCGGUGCUCAACCCCGUCAUCACGCGCUCCACCUUCAAGAAGGGCCGCUCACUGUACGUGAAGCUGGGUGACAAGGAGUGCGAGUACAACAGGAACUUCCGCCUCUUCCUGCACACCAAGCUCUCCAACCCGCACUACCCGCCUGAGAUUCAGGCCGAGACGACACUCAUCAACUUCACCGUGACGGAGGGCGGUCUGGAGGACCAGCUGCUGGCGCUGGUGGUGAACAAGGAGCGCCCCGACCUGGAGGAGACCAAGACGCAGCUCAUCAUCCAGAACACCGAGUUCACCAUCAAGCUCAAGGAGCUGGAGGACGGGCUGCUGCUCAAGCUGUCCACUGCGGAGGGCGACAUCACGGAGGAUGUGGCGCUCAUCGAGUCGCUGGAGGACGCCAAGCGGGUGUCCACGGAGAUCAGCGAGAAGGUUAAGGAGUCCCGUGAGACGGAGUUGGCAAUCAACGAGAACCGCAACAAGUACCGCACCGUGGCUGCCCGCGGCGCCAUGCUGUUCUUCCUGCUCAACUCGCUCAACAAGAUUCACGCCUUCUACCAGUUCUCCCUUAACGCCUUUGUCACCGUCUUCAGCCGUGGCCUGGACCUGGCCCCUGGCGGCCGGAAGCGCAAGGGAGCCAUCAAGCGCACUCCCUCGCUGCGUGACCAGCCCAUGGACCACCAGGCGCUCAUGGAGAAGGCGCGGCGCAGCAGCGGUGCCAGUGAGCGGCGACCCAGCCAGGAGGGCCUGCCGCCGCCUGAGGCCUCGCAGACCUCGCUCGCGGAGUCACAGGGCGGCCGCAACAGCAGCCAGGUGGGCGACACGGACGACAUGGAGGAGGAGGAGUCGUACACCAUGCCACCGGAGGCGCUGGAGGAGCGGCUCAUCUCGCUGCUGGAGACGUGCACCUACACGGUCUACAACUACACGCGACGCGGCCUCUUUGACCGCGACAAGCUCAUUGUGCUGACCCUGCUCACGUUUACCAUCUUGCUGAGGAGCCAGGCGGUGGAUGCGUCGGAGUAUGAGGCGCUGUGCCGCGGCAUGCGGAACCCCUCGCCGCCGCCAAUUACGGAUGACCUCAGCCGCUGGAUGAACGAGUCGCAGUGGGCCGCGCUGGACGUGCUGACCGCGCUGCCGUGCUUUGCGCACCUGGCCAAGGACAUGGAGAAGAACAGCGACGACUGGUUCAACUGGUGCCUCAACGAGGCGGCGGAGCGCGCCAACAUGCCCGGCGACUGGGCCCGCCUGUCGGAGUUCCGCCAGCUGCUCAUCAUCCGCGCGCUGCGGCCCGACCGCAUCACCAACGCGCUCCAGAACUUCUGCGAGCACAUGAUGGGCCCAGCGUAUGUGAACCAGGACGCCUUCUCGCCUGCCGCCAUGAUGGAGGAGUCCUCCUCCGCCACGCCCAUCUUCUUCAUCCUCUUCCCCGGCUACAGCCCCAGCAAGGAAAUCGAGGUGUACGCCAACAAGUGCGACUUCCGCGUGGAGAAUGGCAAGCUCUGCCUCAUUUCCAUGGGACAGGGCCAGGAGGCGCCUGCGGAGGCGGUGCUGGACAAGUACACGCGCGAGGGCGGCUGGGUGUUCCUGGACAACGUGCACCUCAUGCAGGGCUGGAUCCCCAAGCUGGAGCGCAAGCUGGAGAUUGCGGCGGAGACGGCGCACCCCGACUUCCGCUGCUUCUUCUCGGCGGAGCCCAUCAACGGCGCGCCACACGCCAAUAUCAUCCCCGAGUCCAUCCUGCAGACCUGCAUCAAGAUCUCCAACGAGCCGCCUUCGGACAUGAAGUCCAACAUGCGCCGCGCCUUUGCGGCCUACACGCCCGAGCAGUGCGACCGCCCGUCCACGCCCGCCAAGCGCGUGGCCUUCCGUUCCAUCCUCUUUGGCCUGUGCUUCUACCACUCGCUGCUGCUCGGCCGCAAGAAGUUCGGCGUGGGUAUCGGCACCGGUUCUGGCAGCGGUCUCGGCUUCUGCCGCGGCUACUCCUUCAACAUGGGCGACCUCACCACCUGCGGUGAUGUGCUGCACAACUACCUGGAGGCCUAUGAGCAGAUCCCCUGGAGGGACCUGCAGUACAUGUUUGGCGAGGUGUUCUACGGCGGUCACAUCACGGACGCCAUGGACCGGCGCUGCUGCAACACCUACCUUGAGGUGCUCAUCCGCCCCGAGAUCCUGCCGCAGGGCACCCUGGAGGACCCCUCCACCUGGGAGGCUCCCACCCUGGAGCUUGCCCCCGGCUUCCGCGCCCCCGUGCCCACCGACUACACCAUGCUCAAGGAGUACAUCGAGACCAGCCUGCCGGCCGAGAGCCCCGUGGUGUACGGCAUGCACCCCAACGCGGAGCUCUCGCUGCUCACCAGCCUGGGCGAGACGCUGUUCAAGACGGUGGUGGAGGUCACUGGCGGCGGUGGUGCUGCCGGCGCAGGCGCCGGUGGCGGCGAGAACACCGUGCGCCAGGCCCUUGAGGGCUACAAGGAGCGGCUGCCUGAGCCCUUCAACAUGGUGGAGGUGGAGCUGAGGGUGAAGGACAAGACGCCGUUCGUGGUGGUGGCGCUGCAGGAGGCCACCCGCAUGAACCUGCUGCUGCUGGAGAUGAAGCGCAGCAUGGAGGAGCUGCAGCUCGGCCUGGACGGUGCACUCAACAUGUCGGACAACAUGGAGAAGCUCGCAAAGGGCAUUGCCUCCAACUCGGUUCCGGAGCUCUGGAUGAGCUGCAUGUCCACACGUGUACAGGAGGUGUACACGCUGUCGGCCUGGUACCAGGACGUGGUGCGGCGCUACGAGCAGUUGGCGGCCUGGACGGCUGGCGACAUCAUAACGCCGGUGACGGUUUGGCUGCCGGGUCUGUUCAACCCCAAGGCCUUCCUCACCGCCGUCAUGCAGACCUACGCGCGCGCCAACAAGCUGCCUCUGGACGUCAUGAAGUUCAUGACGGAGGUCACGCGCAUGACGUCGCCCGAGCAGGUGACGGAGCCGGCUCCGCUGGGCGUGUACGUCCACGGCUUGGUGCUGGAGGGCGCGCGCUGGGACCGCGACGACAACUGCCUGCGCGACUCGAAGCCCAACGAGCUGCACCCGGCUGUGCCGGUGCUGCAGGUCAAGCCAGUGACGGCCGACCAGUUCAACCUGGAGGGCUACUACGAGUGCCCCGUGUACACCAACAUGCAGCGCGCGAACGUGUACUCGCCCAUUGUCAGCAACUUCACGCUGAAGACGCAGGAGCCGGCCGCCAAGUGGGUGCUUGCGUCGGUGGCGUUGCUGCUGCAGGAUGACUUGGCGGCGGCGUGAGCGGGGCUGGAUAGCGUGAGCGUGAUUGAAGGUUUCUAUUACGGUUUUGAUACACUGCCACUAUUUUGGGCAGGGUAUUUAUUGGUGGGAUGAUGACAGAGGUAGAGGUGUUUGUAGUAGACGGUUAGUUUCAUGCUUUUGUGACCAAGCUGACGGCUACCGACGUUUCCGUACGCUGCCUGUGUGGCCGAUGUAUGCUGUGAGCGUUUAUCGUGACCGUGGUAACGCUGUAUGUCUUUACUGACGUUCAGGUAUUUUGGGUUGGACAUACAAGACCUAGCCCACUGGACGUCCGCAAGUAAUUUGCAAGAACAUGCAUGUUUGGCUGCGCUCGCUGUCGCACCGUUUCCUGUAUCCCUCCUGUGCGGUUGUGUUGAUGCAUGGAAGCCUCAAGUCAUAUGUAUUUUGUAAUCACGUGUAGCUGUGUUUUGGCUUGGUGUCGAAGUGCUUGCGUUCUGACUCCCCCUGCACCCGGGCUGACUAAUGGGACCCACGGUGGGGCAUUCGUCACAGGAACAGCCAAUGCUGCAGAGCAAUGGAGAUGUUUUGUAACGCUCAUGCGAUCG